AUGGCACCCGGAAAUUAUAAGGUUGCUAAACAAAGCAAUGUCAAUGAUGACACAUGGAUCCCAAUGGAUAAUUUUAUUCAUGCCAUAAUGGUAAAGCCGUUUUUACCAUUAUCAAAACUAUCAAGUUUAAAAGAUUAUUCAAAUAAUUAUCAAGAUCUAUACCCUGGUUCGGAGUUAUACAUUUUUGAACAGACAAAAAUAAAAAAUAGGAGUAGAGCAUAUUUAUGUUGGGAUCCCUUACCUCAAGAUUAUGUGGCUAGAGCUAAUAGUUUAGGUUCAAAAUUGCCUGAUGUAAGUACGAAAACGACGAUUUUUCCAACAAAAUAUGCAACGUUGAAUCCUACUCGUUAUACAGGGGAUGUUCCUAGCUUAAAAAUUCAUCACAGUAAAGUUCAAUCGUUGAAUGAAAGUAAGAUAAGUAUGCCAGAUAAUUUUAUGAAUCAAUUAAAAAACUCAGAUAAGUUAGAGAACACGAUACUUGUUGAAUACCUUAAACUAGAUAAAAAACCUCGCAUUCCUGACUUUCCCAUUUUUAGGUUCGAUGAAAGACCUGUUAGAGAUGAAUUUGGACCGAUUUUAUCAUUACUCGGAUCUUACAUUAUGGUUUCAUACACGAAUAAUGAGAUGAAUGCCUAUGAACAAUUGACAAAGUUAUAUUGCCAAUUAGAAAAGAUACAUAUUAAACUAAGGUUUAAUCUGUAUACCAACGACAAUAAAUCAUUUUUAAUACGGCAUGCAACAUCAAUACAUUCAAAAGCAUGUAAACAUUUAACACAAGAUAUUAAAAAGGAACUUCGCAAUUCAAAGCUCAAUGACAAAAGAAACUUAUCUAAUAAGAUAGAUUCUUCUGGUUUCAAUGGUAUAUUUGCUCGUGACGUGAAUACGGGUGAACUACUAGCAUUGGGCAAUAGUGAUAUCUCAACUUUCAUGACUAGUAGUAUAUUUUUUGGGUUUUUAAAUGAUUUUCCAUUGACUAAUUUAGAGGCCAUUCAUUCAUUAAAUAUUAACAAAAAUAAGGAAUUUUUUGAAUUUACACCAGUUGGUAUGUUGAUAGAAGUGUUAGAUAUCAAUAAUGAUGCCAAUGGUUUGGAUCCUAAAUUUAGUAAUGUAUCAGCAUCGAUGUAUCUGAGAACAAAAGAUAUUAUUUUAACUGAUUCAUUCACUGUUAACAUUAAAACAGAUAAUAUUUUAUCACUGGAUAAUAUAUCAACUGCACUAUUUAGUAACAUUGAUGAAGAGAAAGCAGAAAAUGAAACCAUUUAUCUAGUUGUUGUUCUAUAUGAGGACAUACCAAUUAAAAUUAGCAGCAAAACAAAAUCAACAUACGAUUUCACAGGUGCAACUUCUUCCCCAGAAUUCAAUUUUUUGGAUUCAGUAAAGAGAGGUAUAUCGGUGGGAGUAGCAGAUAUAACAAGGGUAUUUUCAAACAAAAAAGGUGCAUUAAAUACUGGCGUUGCCUAUAAAUUUAAAGUAAAUUUAUUUGGUUCUUACUUCGAGCCGGCUUCAUCUAUAUCUAAUACUAGAGAAUAUUCAUCCACAGGGGGAUGGGGUGAACUUAUUGAAAAUAUUGUAAAGAGUUCUACCAAAGGGGUGGUAGUAAAUCCAAGAGCAAUAUAUCUUUGGAUAAGUAUUAAAGAAUUUAGAGGGAAACUUGAAUUAAAUAGAAUUAUUGAUUCAAAUAAUUUUGCAAUCAAAAAUAUUCCUCAAUAUGGUUAUGAUGCGUCCUUAAAUCCUGAAGAAAGAGUGAUGUUAAAAAUAGGCAGAGUGUCGAUUUUAACAGAUGACAACAUUAGAUCUAAUGUUAGACUUAUUUCCGUACGAAUUGUGAGUAAGAAUGCUAACUUAUUAUUUAGCACAAGUUCUACAGACGAGAAAACAAAUGAUUGGUCAUUUAUUAGUGCAAUUCCUGGAGAAAUAUUGGGAGAUGAGAUAAGAGUUACAGGCAUUGAACAGCUAAUGGAUAAUGAGUCGAUUUCGGUCUAUGUUUAUUUCAAUGGGUUCUUGUCAGGCACAGGCGAAAUUGAUAUUUUCAAAGAUAACAAAUUAUGCUUAACACAAGGGUUUGAGGAGCUUAUUUUACCUUCCUUCAAUCACAAUUGCAAAAUUAUUAUUGAAUUGUCUAAAGUUUAUUUCGGUAAUAAAUUCUGUGUACCGGACGAUGUUUCUAACUUUUUGAACUAUGAUAAUAUAUGUAAUCAUCAAAUAACCAAUGAACAAACGGGAUUAGAAAAGGUGUUAUAUUUAGAAAGAGUAGUGAGGAAGUUAAACAGUGUCGAUAUUAAAAUUAUCCAAAAAUAUACAACGGAGAUAUUUACUAAAUAUAUAAUGCUCUUCUGUGAAAUUAAUGAAAUUGAUGUUGAUUAUGAUUUAAAGAAGGAGGCUAUUAUGGCCAUUACAGGGAGUGGUAGUGAACUUCAUUUAAAGUCCCUUAUUGAUAAUAAAACCUUUAAAAGAAAAAUUUUUGAUUUUUCACUAUCUUAUUCAGUGGAUAAUAAUGAUGUUUUGCCAGAUAAAACUAAAUACGGAACAUAUUUGUUCAGAGCUAUUGAAGAACUAUUGGCUAACAAAGAUAAGAAGUUUAGACAUUUUCGUUUUGCGUGUUUGCAGUUAUAUGUAUAUGUGGUAACAUUUAUCACCAUUAAUGGAAAAGUUGAAGAUCCAACUGGUUUAAUUAAAAAAUCAAUUAGUUUUUAUUGUGAAAACGUUUUGACGCUUGCUUCUGGUUCCGAUAAUUUUUCAGCAGAGGAACAGUGCUUAAUAAUAAAAGAUAUGGAUAGUGUUAUUGAGUUAAUUCACAACUGGUUUCCCCCAAAUGAACUUCUAUAUUUUAUCGAGCAGAUGCUUUUAUCGUCUGAAGAUAAGUUGAUUUAUGAAACUUACAUUAGCGGUUUGUCAGAUGCAAAUGAACAACAAUACGUUUAUGAAAAAUUAUCACUUAUAUUGAAAGUUUUACGACUACAAAAACUAAAAGAUAUUAUGUACGAUACUAACGAUGAUAAGUUAGAUAAUGCUCGAUUUAUCUCAGCAGUUAUGGAUUUUACUCUAAACAUUUAUCAGGCUUCCUUAAAUGGGCAGUUCAACAUUUUAGUAAUGCGUAUAUGCAAUAGUGUUAUUUUAGAGAUACUUUUAAACGUUAAAAAAGAUAUAAUUCAGAAGAACUUAUUUAGAUUACUGCCUGAAUUUUGUAGAAUAUUUUUGGUUGUGGAGAAAUAUUGUCAAAAUGAGCAUCACUUCAGACCAAAACGCUUGUUUUCAAACUUAUUCCCUGAUGCUGCCCCACCUGAUAUAUAUACUGUCGGAUCUUCCAUGGGUUCUGUGGUAUUGGUUGAAAUACUGUUGGAGUUGGCUACUAUAAUAUCAAAACUUGUAUUUCUCACAGAAAAUUUAUACGGUAACUCUUUAUCCAUAAUAACUAUCAUGAAAGAUAUAAAUGGUCAUAUUUUAUCAAAACAUUUUCGGUCAAAAUACUAUUCUUCGUUUAUUAAUAUAGAUAGUCUCGUGCUUAUUAUUAAUAUUGUAAAAAGAUUUGUAAAGGGUACAUUUUAUCCAUCUGAUUUAUUAUUGAGUAUUACUGCUAUGUUUCUGAAAAUUUCUAAUUUAAUGCUAUUGAUGUAUAAAGAUUUUUUAAUUUCAACGAUUGAAACAGAUGACAACGAUACACUUGAGCAUUUUAACUCGAAGCUAUGGAUCGAGUAUCUGAAACUAACUUUGAAGAUAUUUAAUCACAGAUUAUCAUUUAAUAGAAAUCUCGCUAUCAUUCCUAGAAAAGCUAUUCAUAAAAUCUGUGGUGAUGUGAAUGAAUUAUCCAAAACUAUUUUCAUAGAAUGCUGGGACAGCUUAGAAAGCAGAGAUGACAAAACUGAAAAUAUUAAAAAUUAUGGAGUAAAUAUACUAAGUUUUAGACAGCGUUAUUUAGUUUUUGACUCUCCUUCUUUAUUGCGUCAUAUUUUAUCACUAGCAUUGCGUAUAGAUGAAGAAUCAAUGUUAAUAGGGUCUAGAAUCAUAUUGCAAAUGCUUCUUACAUCUUGGAAGAUAAAAAAAGCCUUAUCUGAUGUUAAGAUUUUGAUUGUUUUAGCCUUCUAUAAUCUUUCAAUGUUGAAUCCAAUUAUUUUUGAGAAUUUGGAUCAUGUUAAGUUUAUUAGAGCAAACUUUUCAAUAAUGAAUAUCCGGAAGUAUGAUGGUAAAUUAAUUGAAUGUUUGCUACUAUUUUACAAUGAAAUUUCACAAUUUUUACUUUUGCUAAUCCACACUCAAAGUACUCCAGAUAUUGAAGAAUAUGCAAACAGCCGAACUAUGCUUCAAUUAGAUGUCCUAUCAUAUUUAUUAGAUGCAAAAAGACCAUUACAGUUUUAUAAGUUAUUGAGUGAACUUUUUAAUCAAUAUAUCGAAAGGAAAGAUUUUGUCCAGGCUGCUUUGUGUUUAGAACAUGUUGCUAAUACGUAUGAUUGGAAUCCAACCGAUUAUUUAGAUGAGUUAACCUUUUUCUCUUUACCUUCACAAUCAUCAUUCGAAAGAAAAGAAUCAUUAUAUAUAAAGUCAGCAGAAUAUUUUGUGAAAGGUUCUAAAUUAGAAAAAGCUUUAACUAUUUACAAGGAUUUAGCAACUGCUUAUGAAAACAUUAACUAUAAUUUAAAUGGAUUAUCGUUUGUGUACCUUCAGAUUUCAAAAAUUUAUAAGGACCUACAGACACUUGAUAGAUUAGAUCCGUCAUAUUUUUGUGUUAUGUUCUUGGGUUAUGGUUUUCCAGCUUCAAAGAGAAAUAAAAUGUUUAUUUAUGAGGGUAUGCCAUUUGAGCACAUAUCAUCUAUGCAUGCAAGGUUGCUGAGGUACCAUCAAGGAUCUACCAUAGUUAAUUCAUUAAACAAUGCGAUGGAGCUAAAAAAUGCACCAACUGUAGGUAAGUUCUUGUAUGUGACAACUGUGGAACCUCAACUAAACAUUUCCGAUGAAUAUUAUAGCAGCGAGACAAAUUAUGAUUUAGCUAACAAAGUUAGAACGUACGUCGAGAAUAGAGAUUUAAAAACAUUUGUAUCAUUGAGAAGAUUGCCUGGUUCUACCUCAGUGGUAGAUUUAUGGGUUGAAGAAGAUAAAUAUGUCACAGCAGCCACGUUUCCUACGUUGAUGAACUAUUCUGAAAUUGUCUCCAUUGUCAUCAAAAAAUUAUCUCCAAUCGAAAAUGCCACCAGAAUGUUACAGUUAAAAAUUCAAGAAUUGUGUAGUUUUGAGAAUAUAUGUUGUAAGACCAUAACAGAGAAAGGUCCUAGUAGCAUCAUUUACCUGGAAAUGUCAAGGUGUGUUACUGGUACCAUUUCAGCACCUAUCAAUGGAGGUAUAAUCCAAUAUAAAGAAUUUUUUGAAAUGUCACAAUUGGCUAAUAAACCCACUGAAGAGGAAUUCAUUAUUUUGACCAAAUUAUUUGAUGAAUUGGCAAUGGUAUUAGGAAGAUGCUUGGUAUUAUUAAGGAAGAUAAUCCCAUCCGAUGAAUUAGAAAAAAGUCACGCAGCAUUGGUUUCCCAGUUCAAAAAGAACUUCAAAAAUGAGAUCUUAAAGAACAAUAUCCUUAUUGAAGAUAUGCCAAUUGAAAAAUUGACCAAAUUAAAAUCGAAACAUUCAACUAAAUAG